AUGAAUAUAGUUGAGUACAGAAAGCAUCAGAAUGAAAACUAAAUCAGAACUUGCUGUUGCAAAAGAAGAGCUCCUUGGGAAUUACAACCAGACAGAAAAGUAUAAUAAGUAUUUAAAUUCUUAGAUUCUGAUUGGUACCGCAGAUAAAAAUAUUCCCAAUAAUAGAGUAGAGACUUCUAAGUAUAAUAUGCUCACAUUCUUACCCAAAAACUCAUUAGAAUAAUUUAGGAAAGCAUCUAAUUUGUACUUUUUGCUUUUAGGCAUUUUGUAAUCAGUUUGAAUUCAAUUUAGUUAAAUCCUACCUCCAGUCACAACUACUGAUGGACAACCAACUGUUUAUUUACCCCUUUCAUUCAUUAUUAUGGUCAGCAUGAUCAAGGAUUUUUUUGAAGACUUUAAAAGGUACCUUAAUCAUCACCAUUAGACACCGAGCAGAUGAUGAAGAAAACAAUCGAACUGUAUAGAAAUAUUCACUUCGGACAGGAGUCUUCGAAUAUGACAAAUGGUAAAAUGUUUAUGUUGGAGACAUUAUAAGGAUUGCAAAUAAAUAGGUUUGAUUUUAACUUAAGAGUAGAGAAUUCCUGCUGAUAUUAUUAUAUUAGCAACUUCAAAAGGAGGAGAAUGUUUUGUUGAAACUAAGAAUCUAGAUGGUGAAACUAAUCUCAAACCUAAAUAUGCACAUCCAUAAUUGCAAACAUUAUACAGAUAAUUAAAUGAGAAAGAGUUACCUUAUAAUUUGUAAUUUUGAAAUAAAAUAUCUUAGAUUUGUGACUAUGGAUUUUGAAAGAUAAAAUCCUCUUAUGUAUAAAUUUAAGGGAAGUUUCAAUAUUGUUAAUGAAAAUAAAGAAU